AUGAGCAGCUCCGACGCUGUGGUGCCGGAGGGUAACUUGCACCCGAGGCUAAUGACUCACCGGCCCGACAGUGACUCGUACACCAGCUCGGCACGUCAGACCUCUCGUAGCUCCCGGGCGGUCCCCACGAACGCGGAACUUGCAUACGCGGGAGUAACGGCGCAGGACGGUGUGGUCCAGCAGCUUUCUGCGCGCAGUGAGGAGAGAGGGUCGCUGGCUGGGCCGCGCGAAGUGUCGGCACAGAGUAACUUUAGUCACCGGGCCUUGAGGGCGAUCACAGCGGGCGGGUCGAUUGACGAGCCAUUGCGGUUUAGCGAACCGCACCAGCGCCGCGUCAUUAGUGACACCCCUCGCGAGCAGCAACCGCAGCAGCAUCAGUCGCAGGCGACGCGCAGCACAUCGCACAGUGGCGUGGCUCGAAACUCAACGGGAGCCGACAGCUCGCGGGAGCCGAUCCGCCCUGGCCGCAGCGACCGCAGCUCCACCCCGCGGAUCCCAUCGAAACACAACGACCCGUACGCACACGUCACCUCCGUCGUGCAGGAGUACCGCCAAAGCCGCAUCACUACCCUGGGGGCGCUGUACAGGGUGGUGCGCACUCAUUCUAACUCAUCCGUUUCACAAGGUUAUGGUACAAGGCAGACUCAGAGCGCGUCGCCGCGCUCGGCGGAGGCGAGGUACAACACCGCAGCACACAGGCGGACAUCUGCGCGUCCCAGAGAUGAAUCGCAGCGGGUGUCUUCCGUGUCGUCUCGCACUCGGCAGAACUCUCCGCUGCCACGGGCGGUGGAGGAAGAGUACCUUCGUGGUGGCGUGCCGCGCGCCGCCCUCGACGCCCCGCACAUUCGCUAUGCUGAAGCACUAUACAACAUGUACAACUACUCCUCCUUUGCCCAGCGCCACGCGGGCACGUCUUCUAGGUCCAGCAACAUGACCGAGUACGUGCCAGAUGUGGCAAAGCGGAUACCAGACCGCUUCAAAUACGUUCCACCAACGGAGGAGGAGCGGCGCCUCCAUCGCGAGGCGACUCUGCGCGCUCUCGAGGAAUGGCGUAGGCGGCACUGGGCCGGGGAGAAUUCCAGCUGUGACGACAGCAUUGGGAUGGCCGGCCGCGGCGCCGCGGUCGAACCGCGCGACCGAAAUCCAACCAAGAACCAGACUUGCAACUCCUCUCAGCGACCGCAGCUGGCUGACCACGAGAAGACGGCGGCUUGGGCGCUGCAGAAGGAGUUUGGAAACACUUCUGACUCUCCCUCUGGCCAAACAGGGGACUCUUUCACGCCCUCUAAGAAGCGCAGCGCAAAGAAGGCGAGGAAGGUCAGGGAGGCGGCCGAGCAGCACGAUGACUACUCCACGAAUGAGGGCGCAGGAGAGUGGGAGCGACCGAAAUCAUUUGUGGGAAAACGAUCUGGCACGCCGAGUAGCCGCCGUCAGAACGGCGCUGGAUCGCGAGCCUCGUCGCGCAUGGGACGCAAGUCCCCAUCGGAGUCAGCGCGUGCCGAAGGCGGCACAGCGCUGAACUCCUUCCGCCGAAAGUUGCUGUUUGACGUGGUUGCCCCUUCCGUGUCCAUCGCAUAG